AUGUCCGAGUCUAUUGCAUUGAAAACUAUAAUGCCUUUUCCUGAUCCAAGAAACAAACUAAAAUAUUCGGAUACUGAAGACGAGGUGCCAUUGAUGGAUCACGACGAUUGGGUCGAGGAAACUUCCUCGACAGCACGCCGUCGGCGACCUCUGGCUAACUCAAAACCUUCAAAUAGUUCACGUAAUAUUUCUAAUAAUCAACUACAUAAAUCUCGGAUUAUACCUUUUCACGCGUCGAACAAAAUCAAAGAUAAAUAUCCUCCGAAUGUAGUCAGAAAUCAAAAAUAUAAUGUGUUCACAUUUUUCCCGUUGGUUUUAUACCAGCAGUUCCACAUUUUCAUCAACCUGUAUUUUCUUCUGGUAGCCUUAUCGCAAUUUAUUCCACCGCUAAAAAUCGGAUACAUUGUGACCUAUUUUGGACCUUUGUGUUUUGUUAUUGCCGUUACAAUUAGCAAAGAAGCUUAUGAUGAUUGGAAAAGAUAUAAACGCGACAAAGAAAAUAAUUCCCAGAAAUAUCAAAUUUUAACCAAGAAUGGAAUCGAGUUAGUCCCAAGUUCGCGCAUAAGAGUUGGUGAUAUGGUUAUUAUACAUAAAGAUCAAAGAAUACCUGCAGAUUUAGUACUAUUGCGAACCACUGAAGCAAGUGGCGCAUGUUUUAUUCGGACUGAUCAACUGGAUGGAGAAACAGAUUGGAAAAUGAGACUCGCUGUACCAUAUUGUCAAAAAUUAGCAUCUGAUGAAAGACUAGCACAAAUUGACGCAGACAUAUACGCUGAUUCGCCUCAAAAAGAUAUUCACAAUUUCAUUGGAAAUUUUUCAAAUCAUCCUAUUGAAUCCAUCACACCAGUAGUCGAAGCUUUAAAUGUUGAAAAUACUCUUUGGAUGAAUACUGUUCUUGCUUCUGGGACUGCAAUUGGAUUCGUAAUUUACACUGGUCAAGAUACGCGAGCAGUGAUGAACACUAGUCAUCCAGAAACAAAAAUUGGAUUACUGGAUCAUGAAAUUAAUAGGCUAUCAAAAAAUUCGAUUAUAGAUCCUGUUUGUUGUUACAUUAUUGCUUUCCCUUACCUUGAUCGCUUUGAAUGGUUUCCGAGGCCUAUGGUAUAUCUACCUAUUUCGAUUUCUGAUUCUCUUUUCAUCGAUUAUCCCAAUUGGGUGGCGUCGUUGUCUAAUAAAUAUGUAAAAUUGUUCAGCUUGCGCGUAAACUUGGACAUGGGUAAAACAGUGUGUGGGUAUCAGAUAAUGAAUGAUAAAGAGAUACCCAAUACUAUUGUUCGAACAAGCACAAUUCCUGAAGAGCUUGGACGUGUUGAAUAUUUAUUAUCAGACAAAACUGGAACUUUGACCAAAAAUGAUAUGGAGCUCAAAAAGCUACAUAUGGGUACAAUGUCAUAUGGUGUCGAUACAAUGGAUGAGAUUUCUUCUCAUCUUGACAUGGCUUUUGCACCUCGUCAAGAACACACACAUACGCGGAAUUCAUCACGCAAUGCAAUCUCCGUAACUGCUGCUAAUUGGGGUGGGAAGGGUAGGAGAGAUAUUACUUCGAGAAUACGGGAUAUUGUGCUAGCACUCGCGUUAUGUCACAAUGUCACUCCAGUAAAGGAAGAUGGGCAAGUCACAUAUCAAGCUUCUUCUCCUGAUGAGGUGGCAAUUGUUCGAUGGACAGAGCGCGUGGGAUUGACUUUGGUAUUCCGAGAUGUGAAUGCAAUACAUCUUCGAACAUCCCACGGUGAAAUUCUUGAAUUCUCGAUUCUCCAAAUCUUUCCUUUCACAAGUGAGACUAAACGAAUGGGAAUCGUCGUUAGGGAGAAAAGCACUGGUGAGAUAAUGUUUUACGAAAAGGGUGCCGAUGUGGUCAUGACCAAAAUUGUACAGUAUAAUGAUUGGCUUGAUGAAGAAUGUGGCAAUAUGGCAAGAGAAGGAUUAAGAACAUUGGUUGUUGCACGAAAACGUUUAUCCGAAGAAGUUUAUCAUGACUUCGAACAAAGAUAUCACGAAGCAAAAACCAGUAUGAAUGAUCGAAAAGCCCAAGAACAUUCUGUUGUCUCUUCGAUACUAGAACGUGAUCUUGAACUUUUGGGUGUUACCGGAGUUGAAGAUAAAUUACAAGAUGGCGUGAAAACGACGUUAGAAUUUUUGAAAAAUGCCGGAUUAAAAAUUUGGAUGUUGACCGGGGAUAAGAUCGAAACCGCGACAUGUAUUGCUAUUUCUUCAAAAUUAGUUGACAAAAAUCAAUUUAUUCAUACAAUUUCAAAAGUAAGCAGUAUUGAUCUUGCAAUGGAUGAAAUUGAUGCCUUGCAUAGUAAACCGGACUGUAGUUUAGUCAUUGAUGGAGAAUCUCUUCAAGUGUAUUUAGAUCAUUACAGACAUGAAUUUAUUGAUCUCGCAGUUCGAUUGCCAGUAGUGGUAGCUUGUCGAUGCACACCCACACAAAAGGCCGAGAUUACGCGACUCAUCAAAAAUUUCACGAAAAAGCGUGUUUGUUGUAUAGGAGAUGGUGGUAAUGAUGUUAGCAUGAUUCAAGCCGCUGAUGUUGUAUGGCAUGGCAGAAACAGCUAUAAAAGAUCCGCGAAACUCGCACAGUUUGUGAUUCAUCGUGGUCUAAUAAUAUCUGUUAUACAAGCAGGAUGGCUUAUAGUUGGAUAUUCUACAAUAUACACGAUGGCACCGGUAUUUUCUUUGGUACUGGAUCAAGAUGUGAAUCACAGAAUAGCUAUGGAAUUUCCCGAACUUUACAAGGAAUUAACAAAGGGACGGUCAUUAUCCUACAGAACCUUUUUUCAAUGGGUCAUGAUUAGUGUAUAUCAAGGUGGCGCUAUUAUGAUUAUGUCAAUCGUGUUAUUUGAGGAUCAAUUUGUCCAUAUAGUUUCUAUUUCAUUCACGUCUUUAAUUAUCAAUGAAUUACUUAUGGUCGCUUUGGAAAUUAAUACAUGGCAUCCAUAUAUGAUAAUAUCCGAGAUUCUGACUCUGGCAAUCUAUUGCGUUUCGAUGAUUUUUCUACCGACUUAUUUUGAUUUAUCUUUUAUUCUGACGCCAACUUUUAUAUGGAAGGUCGCAGUGAUAACAGCCAUAAGCAGCAUGCCACUCUACCUUGUAAAGUGUAUCAAACGAAGAUACGCUCCGCCUAUUUAUACAAAAUUAAAAUAA